GGUACAUCUCCCGCAUCGCCGAAGCGGCAGUCCCAGGGAGCUCUGCGGAGCCUAAAAAUAUAGUGGGAUCGAAAAAAAAAAAGAAGAAAAGAAAAAAAGAAAACCGAAAAGAAGAAAUAAAACCCCAAAAGGCGAAAACCCGGCCAAAAAAAAAUCGAUGACUAGGUGGGCCGAACAUUUAUAAUUCCCUAUACUCGCUUCCUGCUCGUCCGUCGAGUUCGUCCUACCUCCCUCCACUUCUCCGUCCCGUCUAAUCCUCCUACGAUGGCUUCGAAAGGGGUUUCCAGAGCUGUUCGCAGCCAAUUGGCCCGCCGGCUGGCGUCGCCGGUAGUGCAGAGACGCUCUAUCGUCAUCGCGCCCAACCUCGUCCGAGCUACCGCAGCUCGUCCCGCUCUCGCCAGCGCCGUGCAGCAGCAGGUCCGCGGCAUGAAGACCAUCGACUUCGCCGGCACACCCGAAGUGGUUUACGAGCGCGCCGACUGGCCCAAGGAGAAGCUGUUGACCUACUUCAAGGACGACACCCUAGCGCUCAUCGGCUACGGCUCGCAGGGCCACGGCCAGGGCCUCAACCUCCGUGACAACGGCCUGAACGUCAUCAUCGGUGUCCGACAGAGCGGCCGAUCGUGGAAGGAUGCGGUACAGGACGGUUGGGUCCCAGGCAGGAACCUUUUCGAGGUCAACGAGGCCAUAUCGAGGGGCACCAUCAUCAUGAACCUGCUCAGCGACGCCGCUCAGAGCGAGACGUGGCCUUCCAUUAAGCCCCAGCUUAUCGAGGGCAAGACCCUCUACUUCUCCCACGGCUUCUCUCCCGUCUUCAAGGAUAUCACCAAAGUCGACAUCCCUACCGACAUUGACGUCAUCCUCGUCGCCCCCAAGGGAUCGGGGCGGACCGUCCGGUCUCUGUUCCGCGAGGGCCGCGGCAUCAACUCGUCCUACGCCGUCUUCCAGGACGUCACCGGCAAGGCCGAGGAGAAGGCCCAGGCGCUCGGUGUCGCCAUCGGCAGCGGUUACCUCUAUAAGACUACCUUCGAGAAGGAGGUGUACUCGGACUUGUAUGGCGAGCGUGGCUGCUUAAUGGGUGGCAUCCACGGCAUGUUCCUAGCUCAGUACGAGGUCCUCCGCGAGCGCGGCCACAGCCCGAGCGAGGCCUUCAACGAGACCGUCGAGGAGGCUACCCAGAGCCUGUACCCCCUGAUCGGCGCCAACGGCAUGGACUGGAUGUACGAGGCCUGCUCGACCACCGCCCGUCGCGGCGCCAUCGACUGGACCCCGAAAUUCAAGAAGGCCUUGAAGCCCAUCUUCAACCAGCUGUACGACUCAGUCCAGGAUGGCACCGAGACUAAGCGAUCGCUCAAGUACAACAGCCAGCCGGACUACCGUGAGAAGUUUGAGGCUGAGAUGCAGGAGAUCCGCAACCUGGAGAUCUGGAAGGCUGGCAAGGCUGUUAGGUCUCUCCGGCCCGAGAACCAGGACUAAACGGGUCUGGCCUUAUGGGGGAAAGGGAAAAAAAGGGGGGGGGGUUAGGCGGGCGGCAAAACCAAUGAGGGUUGGCGUAAUACUCUGUUGAACGAGCCAGUCUCGCUGGAAAAGGGGACGCUGUCGCUCUUAGGUUUCAAGCUACGCAGGAGUUGUGGAACCCGGCCUUCCUUGUAACCCUUCUAGGGUCCCCAGGGAAGGAGGCAGGAAAAUAAAAAGAAUAGAGAGAGAGAAGGAAUCGCUCCGGUAUAUGUAUUCAGGCUUCCCCAGUGUCACAUUUCUUGUGUGAAGGCUAUCGGUAACAUGAUCCAACGCCCGUCGACGAUCUCUGUAGCUGAGAUUUGCUGUCUGUCCUUGUUUUUCCCUGGGAGGCCGUAGUCGAGAUCUCCCCAAUGGCUUUUUUUUGUGACAGUUGAGCCUUAUCCCACCCUCCGUUAUCGGACCCGGAUCUCAAAUUGGACCUUUUUUGACUGGUUCGAA